AUGUUCCCCUUCCCCCGGGAGGUGUCUCCCUUCCCCCUCUCUCAGGAUCUGGCUCUUCUCUCGUAUUAUGACCCGGCCAGGAUGGACUAUUACUAUGGCGCCCUCUACGGCCUCCCAACCCCGACCAACGGCCAGAAAUUCAGGACCUGCGAGGAGUUCUACGGUCCGGCGUACAUCCGGAAGAGGAACGAGAGGGAGCGGCAGCGGGUGAAGUGCGUGAACGAGGGCUACGCCAAGCUGCGGCACCACCUUCCUCAGGAAUACACGGAGAAGAGGCUUAGUAAGGUGCAGACGCUCAGGGCGGCCAUCCGUUACAUCGUCCACCUGCAGGAGGCGCUGCGCUGGGGGGGCGGAGAGGAGGCCACAGACUCUCUACAACCAACCGGCAAGACUAGGAGGAAUGACACCCACCGCAGACACGACUCCUGUGACUUUCUGAAAAGGUCUCGGCGCUGA